AGAACGAAUAUUUAUUUGUCAAAGUGACAUUUCCGCGAAAAUUUCAACCUAUUUUUAUCAAAACUUCGUAAAAUCGUUUUCUUGCGCUAAUACAGGCUUCUAUUCUAAAAAUCUGGUUAUAAUGUAAAUCGUGCUAUUUGAUUUAUUUUUCAAACAUGUCAAGUGAAGAACCGAACCUGUAUUUUGAGAUCAGGGAAGAUCAGUGGCCGUUGGUAUAUGAUGACAAGUACAAUGUGUCGUUUUUUGGGCUAGAGCGCUUUCAUGUUUUUGACUCCAAAAAAUGGGGAAAUGUCAUAAGGCGCCUAAAAGAGUCUGGCUUGAUCACGGAAGACCACAUAGUGCAUCCAAUGGAGGCACAGAAGGAUCACCUGCGUGUAGUGCACACAAAGAAAUAUUUAAAUUCUUUAAAAUGGAGCUCUAAUGUGGCCCUAAUAGCCGAGGUGCCGGUAAUAGCGUGCUUGCCAAACGUGUGGGUGCAGCAUUCUUAUCUGAGGCCUAUGAGACUACAAACUGGGGGGUCAGUGCUGGCCGGCAAGUUGGCCUUGGAUCGCGGAUGGGCCAUCAACGUGGGAGGCGGCUUCCACCACUGCAGCGGCGACCGCGGCGGCGGCUUCUGCCCCUACGCAGACAUCACGCUGCUCAUAAAGUACCUCAUCAUGUUCAAGCUCAUUCGGAACGCCAUGAUCGUCGACCUUGAUGCCCACCAGGGUAACGGGUACCAGCGGGACUUCAUAGACGUGGCGGAGGUGUACAUAAUGGACGUCUACAACCGGAACAUCUACCCGAAGGACCGCGAGGCGAAGCGCGCCAUCCGCCGCAAGGUCGAGCUCGGGAACAAGGUGGAAGACUUGGAGUACAUUCGCAAGGUGCGCCGGAACUUGAAGGAAGCGCUAGCAGAGUUCCAGCCAGACAUCCUGGUGUACAACGCGGGCACUGACAUAUUGGACGCCGAUCCGCUGGGGCACAUGAACAUUAGCGAAAUUGGUGUCGUGAAAAGGGACGAGUUCAUAUUUGAGAUAUGCAAAGAGAGACACAUUCCAGUAGUAAUGUUGACGAGCGGAGGGUAUCUCAAGAAGUCUGCCCGGGUGAUCGCAGAGUCCAUCAUGAACCUCAAUAGGAAAGGGCUCAUUGGACGAGAGCGAAACGGAAAAUUUUAACUCUGGUAAUACUAGCAAAAUUUACCCAUAAAAUGGGAAAACUAAGGAAUUUACCCAUAAAAUGGGACUUUGGCAAACGCUCAUAAAUUAGUGAUAUUAGAUCUCAGCAUUAAAUGUGCCAAUUUUUAAUUAUUGAAAGUUAGAAUCUUAAUGAAUAUAAUUCUAGUCUUCAAAGUAUUUACUGUAUGUGAUACGAAAUAAUUCCAUAAUUAUUCUAUUUUGUUCUUCAGAUUUUACUUAUUUUUCAAAUAAAUCUAUACUAUUCUUUA